UUUAUACAGGUUUUCCCCCUUUUCUGGGGAGGUUUAUUCUUCUUCGUUUUUAUCGGCAAAUUUUAGUUUUCUCUCUCUUUCUUCUGGGUUGUUUUCAUCUCUGGGUUUUGUUUCUCGAGAGCAAAAGGUUAUCCCCUUUGCUAUGUUUUUCCUCUGUUUCAUUCAGUCCCUCUGUUUUUCUUCUUCUCAGUGAAUGAGAAAAGCUGUCGAUUGUGUUACCAAGUUGGUAUUGCUUAGCCCUUUCCAUUUACCAUUAUCAUCCUGUUUUUGAUCAACGAUCUUUACACAGUUGCAGCAUGGUUAUAAUGGAUCUGAAAGCAAAGAAAUCAUCUAGUGAGGGUACGAUGAGUGAGAACAACAAGAAGUUUUGUACUGAUUGCAAAACCACAAAGACUCCACUUUGGAGAGGUGGCCCCGCUGGUCCCAAGUCACUUUGCAAUGCAUGUGGGAUCAGAUACAGGAAGAAAAUAAGAGCAAUGUUGGGUUUGAACAAGGGAGAAGAGAAGAAGAAAAAGAAAGAGAUAUCAGAUUCAGCACACAUCAGCUCUAUUGCCACUUCAAAUGAUGAUUGUAGUAAGAAGCUUAAUGGAAACUUUAAUGGACUUGGUGACAAAGUGAAGAUGAGAUUAUAUGCUUUGGGAAGCGAAGUUCUGUUGCAAAGUUCAUCAUCAUUAUCUGGGGUGGUGAAGAAACAAAGGUGCCAGAGGAGAAGGAAGUUGGGAGAAGAAGAACAAGCUGCUAUUUCUUUGAUGGCAUUGUCUUGUGCCUCUGUUUUUGCUUGAACCAUGAAGAGACAGAGGAGCCAAAAAAAAAAAACAAAAACUAACCCGUAAAGUUCCUUUUUUUUCAUCGACUUUUCCUGGGUUUUUUCCCUUUGCCUUUUCUUGUUACUGAAAUGAAAAAUACCCAUGUUCUGGACAGCUGUUCUGUUUUUUCCUC